AUUUCAAAUCAAUCUCUUUUAGGGUUUCUCUUUCCCUAAUCUCAACUCCUCUAUCUGCUCUCCACGUUACAGAAACUUAUCGCCGACGGUCACUUUGAUUCCUCAAACGGAACCUUAAAAUUCCUCAAAGGCGGGUUUUGUAAUAUUCCGAUCAGACCUGUCGAUUUGAUUGGAGAUUCAUUCAGCACCGAUUUGUACUCGAGGCAUACUCUGAAUAACAGUUUAGAAUUGGAGGGGUGUUAAUUGUUAUAGUUGCCCCGAGUUGAAUAUGACGAGUUCAGGAGGUUCUUCAAGGAGAAGUUUUUCGAUAACGACCAAUUCUUUAGCUAGGAAGGUCUCUGAGAACGGGAUUCCUGAUUCUGCAAGAAAAUCAUCUCUUUCUGUUUCUCGUUCUAUGGGUCUUGGUGGGGAGCGGACAGUGAAAAGGUUGAGGCUAUCGAAAGCACUGACAGUUCCUGAUACAACGACUGUUUAUGAAGCUUGUCGUAGGAUGGCUGCUAGGCGAGUUGAUGCAUUGUUACUGACUGAUUCGAAUGCAUUAUUGUGUGGAAUCUUGACAGAUAAGGAUAUAGCUACAAGGGUUAUUGCUAAUGAAUUGAACCUUGAAGCAACACCAGUUUCCAAAGUUAUGACAAGGAACCCAGUUUUUGUACUCUCCGAUACUCUUGCUGUGGAAGCCUUGCAAAAAAUGGUUCAAGGAAAAUUUAGACAUUUGCCCGUCGUGGAGAAGGGAGAGGUCAUCGCCAUACUUGACAUUGCGAAAUGUUUAUAUGAUGCUAUUGCUCGAAUGGAAAGGGCAGCUGAGAAGGGCAAGGCCAUAGCUGCAGCUGUUGAAGGAGUUGAGAAGCAUUGGGGAACAUCUGUUUCAGGUCCUAAUACAUUCAUCGAAACACUUAGGGAGCGAAUGUUUAAGCCUUCCUUGUCUACCAUCAUCUCUGAGAAUUCAAAGUUUGUGACAGUUUCUCCAACAGAUACAGUUUUAACAGCAUCAAAAAAGAUGCUGGAAGAAGGAAUUAGCUCUGCUGUCGUAACAGUAGAAAAUAAACCUCGGGGAAUCUUAACAUCAAAAGAUAUAUUGAUGCGUGUAAUAGCACAAAAUCUUCCUCCAGAUUCAACGCUUGUUGAGAAGGUAAUGACACCAAAACCAGAAUGUGCGUCGGUUGAUACUCCUAUUGUUGAUGCACUGCAUACGAUGCAUGAUGGGAAGUUCUUACAUCUUCCUGUUGUUGAUAAAGAUGGCAUUAUAGUUGCUAUUGUUGAUGUACUUCAAGUCACUCAUGCUGCAGUAGCCACAGUAGGAAGCACUGCUGGGGUCAGUAGUGAUGCUGCUAAUAGUAUGAUGCAAAAGUUUUGGGACUCUGCAAUGGCAUUAUCUCAUGUAGAUGAAGAUGAUGAUACACAAAGUGAAGGUUCUUUCAAGUUAACUUCUGAAGGUGGUGAGACAGGAAGAUCCCAACCCUAUCCUUCAUCUGGACUUCCUAGUACUUUUGCUUUUAAAAUUCAAGAUAAACAAGGCAGAAUGCACAGAUUCAAUUGUGAUACAAAGAACUUGGCCGAUGUUGUGACUGCAAUUCUUCAGAGAGUUGGGGAUGACAUUGACCGGAACAACUUACCACAGAUCUUGUAUGAAGAUGAAGACCACGAUAAGGUCGUACUUGCCUCAGAUGGUGACCUCGUUGCAGCUGUUGAUCAUGCAAGGUCAGCUGGUUGGAAGGGACUGAAAUUGCACCUAGAUUAUACUGGAACAGGAGCAAGAAAAAGGCGCGGUUCCAAAUCUGGAGACCGUGAUUUUGCUCAGGCGGAUUCUGCUUGGGCUUCAGCUUACAGUGCGGUUGCUGCUGGGGCAGCUCUAGUUGCUGGUUUUGGGGUCUUAGCGUUCUUGAGGAAAGCUGGCUAUUGAUUAUAGCCCAACAACAAAAACCAAAAAAGAUAAACAUGAGGUUGCCUUUGUAGAUUGAUCAAUUGAUCGACCAUUGGUUGGGGGAAUAUAUGAAGAACAAAUUUAGCUCAAAUGCUAAAUUGGUGUAAAAAUAGAAGACGAGUAAAAACAAACAAUCGAGAGAGAUGAUGAUGACGAUGAUGAUUUGUGAGCAAUUGUGUAUUGGAUGAAUACAUUGUGCAAUAAAAUUGGAUUGUUUAGUAUUUGGUUAUAUUGGUUUGUUUUGGAUUGGAUUGUUACAAACAAUUAUUCCAUUGAUAAUAAAAUAAUUGAUACUGAAAUUAAAUUUGAGUU